AUGCACAUGGAAUCGAAAACAGCAGAACCGAUGAACGGCCAUAGUAACGGUAACGGUAAAAGUACCUCAGAUCCUCGGAGUGCGGACAACUUAGCAGCAGCUGGGUACAAGCGGGCUUGGUCGGCGGAGAAGGAAAAAAUCCUCCUUGAACCUUAUGACCACUUGCUCAAGCACCCAGGAAAGGACAUCCGUCACCAGCUUCUGGUGGCUUUCAAUACCUGGCUUAAGGUUCCUGAUGCUUCGCUAGAGAUCAUAAGCAAAGUCGUGGCUAUGUUGCACACAGCUUCACUCUUAGUCGACGAUGUCGAGGACAGCUCGAACCUUCGUCGCGGUGUCCCCGUAGCUCAUAGUAUCUUCGGAGUAGCUCAAACAAUCAACUCUGCCAAUUACGUGUACUUUUGUGCGUUGGAUGAGCUGUCAAAGCUUAAUAACCCGAAUGUUCUCAAGAUAUUUACAGAAGAGCUCCUGAACCUUCACCGCGGACAGGGGAUGGACCUCUUUUGGAGGGAUUCGUUGACAACGCCAUCAGAGGAUGAUUACUUAGAGAUGGUCAGCAACAAAACUGGCGGCCUCUUCCGUCUUGCUGUGAAACUUAUGCAGUCUGAGAGUGCCUCUACUGAGGAUUACGUCCCUCUUGUCAAUUUGAUGGGGCUCAUCUACCAGAUUCGUGACGACUACAUAAAUCUUCAAUGCGACAAGUAUGCAAAACACAAAGGAUUUGCCGAGGACUUGACGGAAGGGAAGUUUUCGUUUCCAAUUAUCCAUGCGAUACGCACAGACGAGUCGAAUCGGCAACUCCUAAACAUUCUGAAACAACACACGAAGGACUAUGACGUCAAGUUGUACGCGGUUAAGUACAUGGAAAAGACCGGAAGCUUCGAUUAUACGCGCAAAGUGCUUUAUGGGUUGCACAAAAAAGCAAACGCGAUGCUAGAAGAACGCGGGGGUAACCCCUUACUAACAGGGAUUUUGAGCAAGAUGAUGAUUGACGAGCAAGAGCCCGUAUCACCAAUCUCUUGA